AUGGAGACCCAAUCAUUUUAUCUGAACCCGGUAAAGAACCUGUUGAAAUUCCCACUUAUCCAACAUACCCCACCUCUUUCAUCAAACAUCGAGAACCCAUAUAAAAUAGACAUUAAUUCUGAAUUAAUGAAAAUUUACCGUGAUAUAAUAAUUAAUAAUUAUGAUUCAAUAAUAAAUUUAAUUGACCAAUCCGGUUUAAUUAUUUUACCUUAUGAAUCAUUAAUUCACAUUAUCGCCAUUCUUUGUGAUGUUCAAGAUUCAGACGUUAAGAUUCAAUUUUUCAUAGAUGAUGAGGUUUCAUGCUGCGGAACAGUUGCAAAAAUAAAUCCUAUAAAGGAUAUUAGCACAAUUAAGAUAUCAAAGAACGGAACAACAACUGAACUUCAUUUAACAUAUAAUGAUAUUUAUAAUAAAAUAGUUGAUGAAUAUAAAAUAUCACUUGAAAAAUUCUUUGUUAAGGCUAUUUAA